AUGCCUAGCUUCAGCUCGAUAGGCCGCUUAAAACGGUGGUCGUCUAGUGCGCAGACGAGUGCGCAAGGUCUAAAGAGAGCACGAGCCGAUGACCUCUCGCAAGAGCACCGUCCGAACAAGAGGAUCAAGUCGAGAGGCAAACGCCAUAGGCCGUCGAACUUCCCCCUGGAAUUUUGGGACAGCCUGUCUAAGGUUCCGCUUACGCGUCGUGCGCUCCGAGAACUUGACCGGCGGAACAGCGCUCGGGCUGCCCCAGGACCUGCGGCACCUACAGUGCAUGCCACGGAUCGUGCCCGUUUCGCAAGAUAUAGCGGCCCAGAUCUUCGCCAUCUCCGAGGGUGCCCAGAACCGAAAGGUGCUGUAUAUACUAUGGCUUCCAACCGCUCAUCCACAUCAUCAAGCCAGCGAACGAGGUCGACGAAAUCGACGAAAGCGACUACCGCUAAACCUAAGAAGUCAUCGGCGUAUAACAACGCCUUCGAACAGCAUCUCAAUGACAGGAACAUCUACCUAAACGGGAAAUCGAAGCCUAACCAAAACGAAGAUUUAUACCAGCCAAGACCGUCGCUUUCACCGUCAAAGUUCUCCGACGGUGCUUUCGAACGCUUUCAAGACGAACAUAAGCAUCUGGGUUCUAAAGGAGAUGUGAUGCGCAAAGUCAUUUCAGUGAUCACUGGCAAUAUAAACAUCCCCAGCAGUGGAGAUGUGCUGUUCAACAAUUUAGAGUCAAUCACUGACAAGAAGACAGUCGAUGCGAAACCCGAUUUUUACGAUGGAGCUCGUUUUCAUAAUGGAGACCCAUGCGUAGUGAAACGGCAAGCCGGGUAUGACGGAGCCAUCGGCGCCUGUGCGAUGCACGCGCUGCAGAACUACGGUGCGGAGGAGCCCGCCUUUGAUGGCAAUGCAUACACUUACAGCUCGACCUACUACGCCGGCCAGCUCCAGCUAUUCGCGCACCACACCACGCCGCCGGCCGCGUCGGGCGAGCGGCCUGAGUACCAUAUGACGAAGCUCAGAAAUUUUGCCAUGACAGACUGCCGAGAGACAUUCGUUCAAGGCGCAACGGUACUCCGAAACGCUCGGGACUGGGCGCAAAGGCACCGCGACAGCUUCAUCCAGGCGGCGAACGCUAAGGCGCGCCAGUCUGGCGUGCAGGCGCCGCCUGAGCCGGAAACCACGGUUGCAGCGGCGGAGCAGUAUGAUGAGUCGACUGUCGACGAAUUCGUGGACUGCGAGGACUUUGCAACACAUACUGUUGGCACGGAGGAUUACGCUGGCCCCGGGGACGUCGACGAGGAGUCGGCGCUUCCACACUACCUGGAGGACGACGAGCCUAGCCAUGACUCCACACCUCUUGGCGCUGAACCCGCCAUGAGCUUUGUCACGAGCUUCACGUCUGGCUUUACCGCACAGAGCCAGACCAGUUCGAAGCGUAACAGAGACAGCCCUCCGUCAAAGUCGCGGCCGCGCAAGAAGCACGACUUGACCAAGAAGCGGCCAUGCCUGAAUCAGAUGUGGUACCAUGUGAACGAAGACGUCAGUUGUCUCUGGGACGACCGGGAGUAGUGGCGGCGGCUGUCGGAAGGAUUCCGGCUAGAGCGCAUCGACAAGAACCCAAUCCCAGACCGUCACCAGGGCUGUAAACCGACUCAGAGAUGCCGUUCGCGAACGCAGCUCUCUCAAGCACUGGCGGGGGUUCAGACUUCUUCAUCCAACAAGCAACUCGACCAUUCUACAAACUUUUCUACUUCUUACCCCAUGUUCUUCAUGAUACCCAAUAACAGGAGCCGACGCGCCUCAUCCGCCCGGGCUGUUUGAAAGAGCCUUCGAAAGAUUAUCCGCUUUUCUUUGUUUUUGAGAC